AGAUUUUGUUUAUUUUUGACACCAAAAGGUGCUGAGAUCUUUCUCAGUUUUCAGUUCUAGUUCAUUACAUGUAUUGCUUUUCUGUUUUCAGUUUGUAUUCUGAAAACACAGUCAGUGUUGACGAGAAGUCUGAACUGCUGUAGGCUAUAUGCAAAAAUCAAUCUUGCAAUUUGAAGCUGAUUGGAUUCGACAGAUCUUGUUGAUAACUAAUUCCGUUUGGCAGUUACCGUUACAAUCAGUUUCCUAUCAUGGCAAAGGAACAUACAAGGACAAUCAAAACCAUGUCCACCUUAAGGAAGAAAAAAAAGGAGAUCAUGAUGUGUUAGGAAUGGAGAUGUAUCCAACAGGAUCAAGUUUACCAGAUUGUUCUCAUGCUUGUGGACCUUGUUUCCCUUGUAAGAGAGUAAUGGUGAGCUUUGCAUGCUCCAUUGCUGAAUCUUGUCCCAUUGUCUACAGGUGUAUGUGUAGAGGCAAAUAUUACCAUGUCCCUUCCAAUUGAUCUUAUCUCUCGGACGAUCAGAUCAGAGUCGCCAUUCAAAAUUCUAAGUUUUAUUUAAUUUCAACCACUAGUCAUGAUAAUUUAUGUUUAUUAAUUAUGGAGUACUAGCUAGCUAGUCUUAUGCAAUGUUGCAUUUGGAUUAUUGUGCCUCAUUUGAUUUCCUUCAAGAUUUUGGUAGUGUUAUUGUAAAUAGGAGGAAUUGUAAGAGUUUUGUAGGCUUAGUUGUUAAGUGAAGUAAUUUAGAAUGUUCUUUGUUUAA